UCAGCUUUUCUUGAGUGUCAGUGUGACUAUGACGCCGACUGACGAAUCUUUUCUUGGUAUUUUCGUGAUUAAAUAGUUAAAAUACCUAGGGAAAUCACCAUGUCUUACGAUAUUGAUGAACUUGAAAUCAACCCAUUUUAUAAAGCACUUCAGAGCAAAUACAUAGACUUGUAUGAGCGAGCUCAAGAAUGGUGCUACUCAAUAUGUGUACCUCAGACAGAAUCUCUAGAUCAACGAACUAUCAACUCAGACUUUGUCGAAACUCACAUUCUGAGGCCUUCCCCAUAUUUCAAAGGGCAAUACAUGACCACUCACUCUUCCAGCAAAAAGACUGUGAAAAUGAAUGAUGAUGGACAGGUUUUGAUCACUUUGCAAGGUUUUCCAGAAGAAUUGUCAGUGAAGAUUCUGAGUGAAGAGUUGGCUUACAACAAGGAUUACAAACAGUACAAGAUCCUCAUCUUGGAGAGACCUCUCAAUUCAAAAUUUCAGGUGACAUCAGCACAGAGAGAGGAGAAGAAGACAAAGGAGUUACAGACACCAAAGAUUUCUGUGGCUGAAUGCACAGCAUUCUUGAAGUCUUUCUCAGAGUUCAAGACAGCCCUUGAGCAGCUGGACAAAAACAUUGAGUAUUUUUGCCGACACUACAUGAUACUUCCUGACUAUCUCGAUGACGCCAGAGCGAGACUGGAAGAUAUUAGUGCUGCCUCUCUCAGGAAAAUGAGUCUUUGUUUGAGACAACCUUUGGCCUCUGAUAUCAAGUUCAUUGAGGUUUUAGCUGGGGCCAUUGAGAGUUAUUUGAUGAGCUUGGUGUACAAGAAAGUUUUCCCGGUCAUCUCGCAACACCUGAGCAAGGAGGACCAGACUUUAUUGUCGAAGGGUCAGAAACUGAACCGGGUCAAGCCUGAGCAGAUUGGUGUGCGGAGAGAGUUCUCCUGCCCUCUCCCUAUGGCGGUUGUGGAGCUGGCCAACCUUGGCAACCUGCUGACCCCGAGAGAGAAACUGACCUGUCUGAAGUCGACUGUGGAUAACAUCACAGAGGGCAUCACUCAGUCCAUCAAAGGCUCACGGCAGGAACAGCUCGCCGGUAUAACUACUGAGGAGGAUGAGCCAUGUAUUACAUCAGAUGAUCUCAUUCCUAUUCUGGUGAUGGUCAUAGCUCAGGCCAAGUGCUGCCACCUACACAGCGACCUUUUCUACAUGGAACAUUUCAUCUGGGAGUCCAUGGAUAAAGAUCGAGAUGAUCUCAGCUACUGCUUGGUCACCUUCAAGGCCGCUGUCCAGUACAUGAUGACCACUGACUUCUCUCACCUGGAGGACAAGAGGAAAAAUGAUCCUCAGAAAGAAAUCAGCAUCGAGGACUUGAUGGCAGCCACCAGUGUGAGUGAGAGCACGUCCCACACAGGGCGGGGGUCACCGCGGAACAACGCCAGCGCUGGACGGCUGGAACGACAGCUGAACCGCAUCUCAGGGAUACUGGAGCAAAACGCUCAGGAGAUGGGGGCGCAGCGACAACAGCAGAACAGUAAACGGCAGAUACAGAGUAUUUUCACGGGUCGUACGACGAGGCUCCCUCCUCCAGAACCACUUCCCACACAAAGGAAUUCUCAGAACACAGGAGAAAAUAAUCAACUUGGGGAUUUUUUGUCAGCCCUCCAAGAUGAUGACUUUGACCUUGCCUUUGGUAAGCAGAAAUAGCAGGACUUGUUUCCCUCUGGGACAUUGGUGUGAGCUCUGUGGAUACCGUCAAGACAACCAGCUGUACUCAAGAAGUGUUCAAAAGCAAUUUGGCUCUUUCAGAGUACCACUUUGCCAGAAAUUUUAGGAAUUCUGGAAUGACAGCAUUUUCCAUACGUUUUACUUCUAUUUGACAACAGUUCAUGACAGCCAUAUGUGAUAUACAUUUUAUGUUUGGUCACGCAAUAUACAAUGGAGUCUGCUUAAACCAAAGUCUAUGGGACUGUCGGAUUUUUUUUCCUUCGGUUUAGCCGCUUUUACGGUUAAGAGAGUUGUCCAAAUAGAAGAAAAAAAAUUGGAGGAAAUUUUUUUCGCAAAUGUUUUCGAAUUCAGUGUGUUUGGUUCAAGCAGACUCCUCUGUAUUAUUUCCCACAAGUCUUGUGAAGUCAGUGUGGCAGUUGUCCUUGUUUUAUAUCUUAUUGCUGACUGGGCAUAUGUGCUUUCUCUGUGGAAUCCUUGUGAUUUGGACUGUCUGCUAUGCCAGUGACUGUGGUGUUCAUGUUAAGCUCUUCACUGUUGCACUCAAAAGACUUUAGCUUGUUUCCUUAGUGGGGAUGUUUCUUUUAGAGAUUUGUGGCCCCAGAAUAACAAGUAACAAGGCUUGAGUUAACAGUUUUCACACAUAAUAUUAAUUCCCACAAAUGAAGGACAAAAUUAACAUGGUAUUCAUCUCAGAAAAUACAGAAUCAAAAGUCCUAUCUUUUAUAUUCAGAGAGGGAGUACAAGGGGAGGCCACAGACACUCUAACUUAGCCUAACUCCAAACACAAAAUUUCUUAGUCAGAACUUUGUUAUUCUGGGUUAGCGGGUUUUCUCUGUCUAUUCUUAGAAUUUCUUAUCUCACUCAGUUUAGGUUGGUCCUGACUGGUGGCCGGUUGAAGCAGCCCAUUUCCUAAAUGAUUUAAAAUGUUUCAAUGGGAGCGAAAAACAUUUAUGAAAAAUAAACUCGGCUCUACAAACCACUUCAUUAGCAUUGGUUGAGGGUGGCAGCUUUUCUUUCUCUGAUUAUUUUAUUAAAGAAGUAUCGUUUGACUGAAAGAGCUUUUUCCCCUGUCUAAUAGUCUUCUGUAUUUGCUUAAUGUGGUAGUUUCUGACGAAUUUUGAAGACUACUUUUCUAUUUUUCCAUUUGUAAUGGUGUUGUAUUGUAUGUUUUUCUGCCUCGGACAUGUUUAGUCAGUUGCUUUUCACAUCGGAGCUUUGCCUGGAAAGAUCUCAUGGUGUAUUUUCACUGCGUCUGCUGAGUGAUGACAAAGAUUUUUUACCAGUUUUAUACUGUGCCAGUUCCCAAUCUUUUUCCUUUUAAUUAUGAAUUUUAUAGUUCUCCAAAAGUGAUUAUACUAAUUAAUAUUGUCAGCGUCCGCCCACAAUCGUCCAAAUGAGUUUCUGGAGGUUUCAGGUAAAGCCGUUGUUCGCAUAAAGACAUCAAAGGGCAUCUUACAAUAUAGUUUUGUUUCGUUGUUUGUUUUCUUUUCCCUGGUUUUUAAUUGAAAAAUGAUUAGCUCAGUUCAUGAUUUUGAUUUAGACAAACUUUUUUUCUUUUAUUUUCUCAAAACUUCCAAAAAUUACUUCGGUUCUUGUGGCGCGAUGCUGACUAUAGUCCUUUAUCUAUCCGGUUCUCUUCUCUAGCAGACAACUGUCAGUCAAGGUGACUGCCCUGUUGCAUGCUGCAGGUAACUGUAAAGUUGAGAGACUAUCUCCUUCGUGGUCAGUCAAUGCCAAUAGAGGAAACCACUGCUGGUUCCAACUUUUUAAAAUGAAAAUAAUGAUAAUGACAAUACUUGGGUUUAUAUAGCGUAUACCAUGCUCUUCAGCAUGCUGUAUGCACUUUACAACUAUAAUAACUACAGCAGACCCUACAACACAACUCAGAAGCAUUCUUGGCUUCCCCAGGAGGCAUGCAAUGCAAGCAAGUUUUGACACUAAUAUGUACUGCAUCAGCAUUCAACAUCAUAAAAUUAUCCAAGAAUCAAAAUCCCAAUGUGAUUACCAUGUACUGCUUACUGUUUUGAGACCUAAGACUUUGUUUUACAAUUUUUGUUUUGCCUCUGGUUUGGUUUCUUUUUUCAUCUGCUGGUUUAUGUAGGGUGAUGGAAAGAGGGACACAGAAUUUGUAUUUCUUUUUUGCUUUUGUUCUACAGAAUUUUGAAUCUUCUCAUUGUAAGAUAUAAUUGUUAAUCUGAUUUCGAGAGAUUUCUUUCUGCAUCUAGUCAUGUUACUCCAGUCCCUUGCCUCAAACCAUCCAUUUGUUUUGUGUACCAUAUCGUCACUGCACUAGCAAAAUGGCACAUCUCAUUUUUGCUACUUUUGAGACAUAGGGAAAAAACUUUUAAUUACCGGUAGACUUUAUCAUCUAAUAAUGGUAACUUGCUGUGCAUGUUUCUUUUGUGACUGCCAGCUCAUUUUUGUUUGGAUUUUUUGCCCAAACAUUGAUAUACAUAUAGUAUAGUACCAUCAAACAAAAUGAUGGGUUAGUUGCAUUUUGGCACAACUCUGUGGUAUGCCAUUUUUCUAGCUCAGUGAAGAUAUCAGACUUAUUCACAUUUUGCCUAAUCUGAAUAAUUUUUAAAUUUCAUUUAGAAAUGAAGGGAUGCACUAUGUCUUGUGGGCCUUAUGUUUCAGUUCAAGCUAUUUUGCCGGUGCCAAGAACAAAGAAUUAGUUGUACAUAAGAUAUACAGUCUGCCACGAAACUGGCGGGACAGGAAAAUCUUCUCCUGUUGUACAAAUUUUGCUAGGUACAUGUUUAAAUACAAUAUGUGCAUGCUAGACUGUAUUGUGUUCUGAAAAGUAUUGGGUUGAUGUAUGUGUUGAUUUCUUGACAACAUGCAUGUUUUACUUGUAGCUGUAAAGCUUUACGAAUUCCUGGUGAUGUUUUGACUUCAAGGUCUUAAUCUGGAAGUUAACACUUUCCGUCCUCAUGCCUUCCUGUUCCAUAUUUUGUAAGUGAAAUUAUUCUUACUGUCCUGAGUAUAGAACAAGUAGAACAAGCAUAUAUAAAAUUGCUCUUUCAUUGUAUAAAUAUUUCUAAAUUUUAUACAAAUUGUAUGGAAAAUAGUUAUAGAGUGUCUUUUGAGUUAUUUCAGUGUUAUAUCAAACCGUCUGGAUUUUUUUUUCUAGAACCAUUUUGAAACAAGCAAGAAAAGAUACAUAAUGUAGAUAGAAUUGUUUAAAGAAUGAAACAAAGUUUUCUCACUCCUGUAAAAUUUUGCUGUCUGGGCUAAGCAUAUAUAUAUUUGAAUGACUCGCCAACAAUACUGAACUAUCCGCUUAUAUCGACAUGCUUUGGGAAGUGGAUUUGAUGUCGAUAUAUAAAACUGUCAAUAAAUAAAAA